AUGGAAACGAAAAAUUACUCUUUAGUCAUCGAUGAGGAUAGCGAAAAGUUCACUAUCAACUCGGUGAAUGAAUUCUCAACACACAAGAAUCUCUUAGUAGAAGACAAAGGGAGAAGUAAAAGCUCUCAAAAUGAAUCGAAAUCUUUUGAAAAUGGAGAUAGAAUAAUGGAUGCACAUUCAGAUUGUUCUGAACAAGAGGAAAGUCUAUGAGAGCAUGAAGUUAAUGCUGACAUUACCAGAAAGCAUCAAACUACCUUGAGAAGAAAGAUAAACGGGUCCAAGAUGUUGGAGGAUUCUAAAAGAAAGACUACUAGUUUAAAAUCAACUUUCCAUCACAAUGAUGCGGCUAGGUUGGUGGCUGUUCGCAAGGUGAUUUCAUUUAACAGCAAAGAGAUAGACUCUUGUAGACUCUUAGAAAUAAUCAGCAAGUGAAAGAAUUAAAUGUUUUGCACAAAUUUUCAGCAAGAAUUUUCAUGAAUAAAGACUAUGACCUUUAUAUGAAUAGUUCUUAUUGCUGUAUAUAUUUCAUAGGGCCAACCCUAACCUGACUCUAAAGAGGCCUUUAAUAAUUUAUCCCUUAAUAAUUUACAU